UUUAAAUACUCCGAAGGAGGGCGAGGAUGGUAAUUUGGACAGUUCGUCUGUGGAGUACUCCCCGCAAGCACAGGACUCUCCAAAUCCCGACAGGCAGCAGCCCCGCUUCUCACCUUGUGAAAUUAAGAUGGCGAAGAAACCAGGGACCGCCCUGAGCGAGGACGAGAAAUUUCUCUUCCUGGAUAAGAACAUCAACAGCCCCUUGGCGCAGGCUGACUGGUCCGCCAAGAAGCUGGUAUGGGUGCCCUCGGAGAGGCACGGGUUCGAGGCGGCCAGCAUGAAGGAGGAGCACGGCGACGAGGUGCUGGUGGAGCUGACGGAGAACGGCAAGAAGGUGACCUUCAACAAGGACGACAUCCAGAAGAUGAACCCGCCCAAGUUCAGCAAGGUGGAGGACAUGGCUGAGCUGACCUGCCUGAACGAGGCGUCGGUGUUGCACAACCUGAGGGAGAGGUACUUCUCCGGCCUCAUCUAUACCUACUCGGGGCUGUUCUGCGUGGUGGUGAACCCGUAUAAGAUGCUGCCCAUCUACUCGGAGAAAAUCAUUGAGAUGUACAAAGGGAAGAAGCGCCAUGAGGUGCCUCCGCACAUCUACUCCAUCACUGACAACGCCUACAGGAGCAUGCUGCAGGAUCGUGAGGAUCAAUCAAUUCUCUGCACAGGGGAGUCUGGAGCUGGCAAGACCGAGAACACCAAGAAAGUCAUUCAGUACCUGGCUGUGGUGGCCUCCUCCCAUAAAGGCAAAAAGGACACCAGUGCUGUG